AUGCCUACUAUUAGGAAACUAGACGAUCAUGUCAUUAGCCAGAUUAACACACACUUGGAACUCACUUCAAUCGAUACGAUACUUGAUCGACUACUCACGGAAAGCUUAAACCGCAAUUCAACUCGUAUCUUGAUCAAUGUUGACUUGAUCUCGCCGAGUCUAUACUUGCAUGACGAUGGCGAGGUAUACAACCCAGCGCAACUAGAACUGAUUCCAAGUUCAUCUUCCAAAUCGCAUGGCCCAAAUCCCUCAUUAUAUGCGAUAAGUGCUGUGUCUGAUUUCUCAAUAAUCUCGAAAUGUCAAACUUACAAUUGUGCUUAUGAGGUGAAACUCAGUGACACGAGCUUGGUUGCUCAAAUGUACACCACAAGACAAGACAAAAAAAGUGGCUUACUAGAAAGGAAAAGCCACUUGCCAGUGGAACCCGCUGGUACUAAGAAUUCAUUUGGCAAUUUGCCAGUGGAACCCGCUGGUACUAAGAAUUUAUUUGGCAACUUGCCAGUGGAACCCGCUGAUGGUACUAUUUACAGUGUAAAGAAUUUAUUUGGCAAUUUGCCAGUAAGAAAAGAACAACUUAGGUCAACCCCGCAGUACAAGAUCUUAAACAAAAUCAAAACUGCCAUUUUAAGCCGGUUGUUGAAUGUAUCGUCAUCAGUACAUUUAACUCUUUCCGUUCUUAAUCAGCAAUGUUUACAAUUUCAACCAAAAUGCAUAGUCAAUCUCAAGCAAUCAAACUGUGUGUAUGAGCAACUACUCGGUGAUAUAUUUGGAAUUGAUAUUGGGUUCACAUCAAUAAAAGCAGCAUAUGAAGGGUACAAAGUUUCCGGAGUUAUUGGCUUGCGUGCUGUAAACUCAAAGGCGCACCAAUAUGUGUUUGUCAACAAUAGACUAAUACUGUUAACAAACAAAGUUGCAUCAGUUUUUAAUGAGAUUUUCAUCAGCUCCAGCUUCUUCAGUCAAGAUGUGUCUCCUACAAAAUCAACAGGGAAGAUAUUUUACAAAUUCCCAUGUUUCUUGAUCAAUGUUAAAUGCGAUAAUAAACAAAAUUUUCAAGAGGAACCAUAUUCUUGGUCAGUUAUUGUGAACAUCAUCAGCAAGCUAUUCAACAAGUUUGUGAGUCUUGGUGAACCUCCUCGAAACGAAAAUGAAACAAAGCGUUUUACCUUUCUGCCAAGUCCUAUCAAGCCAAAACUGGACAAUUCAAAGCUGAGUGGUAGUACAAGCGAAAAAGAAAUAAAGAUAUCGAGGCAAGGUCUUGCUCCACAAACAGAGCUAAAUAGAUUUCCCUGCGAUGAAAAUCAUCAUUAUGUUGUGCCGUUAGAUAAAAGUGUUCGAUUUGAAAAAUUCCAACUUAGAUCCGGCAAAUAUAGAAUCAUACGUCAAAUAGAGAACAAGUUCAUUCUUUUACUAUUGUACGACAACGAGAAUACACUUGUCGUUUUGGAUCAACACGCAAGCGACGAAAGAGUAAAAGUUGAAUGUAUGAUACAACAGUUUGUUAAAAUAAUGAGGGGAAAUCCCGGUCUAAGACUUGCCAAAUCUCUUAUGCUCACCAUUUCAAACGAUGAAAUACAAUUUUUCAAACAAUACAUGUCUAAUUUCAAGUUAUUUGGAGUAGAAUACGACAUCACAGAUUGUGAUUCACUAGCAAUAAUUAAACUACCAGAAAUACUUUUAUCAAAAGUUGGUAACGAUGCCGAGUUUAUAAGGGACGUUUUACUACAACAUUGUUAUGAUCUCAACAAUAAAGUGAAAAACCAAACAUUCAAUUUAGAUGAUUGGUUUGCUGCUUCACAUAAUCUUCCAAAAGCGAUUUUGGAUAUUAUAACCUCAAAAGCUUGUCGUUCAGCAAUUAUGUUUGGCGACAAGCUAGAUGAGCAAGAGAUGUCGCGGUUGAUUGAAAACUUGAGUCGAUGUAGACUCCCUUUCCAGUGUGCGCAUGGUAGACCAUCAGUUGUUCCGUUAGCCAGAAUUGUACAAGAAUCUGCCCACUAUCGACACUAUCGACACUAUCGAGCAGAGCGAGAUAGUGGAGCAACACUGACUACACCGACACUAUCGACACUAUCGAGCAGAGCGAGAUAG